ACGGAAGGAACGUAGUUACAUGUCUUUGUGGGUUUUUUUUUAAGAAAUCGCUAGACUUCCCAAAGUGAUAUGGGGGAUCACGCUCUGGAUUUUAAUCAUCUUUGCAGUUUUGAGAGUUUCAGAUCAGCAUGGAAUUUUUACGGUUACGACGGUAACAUUGAGGAUGUGAUAAAAGGGGACUUCGCCAGGAUUAAAGGAAUUACUUAUCUGGAUCAUGCUGGAACAACACUGUAUCCAGAGUCACUGAUUAAGGGAUUCCUCCAGGAUAUGUGCAGUAAUAUCUAUGGCAACCCACACAGCAACAAUCCCAGCAGCCGGCUGACCCAUGACACAGUGGAACGCGCUCGUUACAGGGUAUUGCAGCACUUCAACACCAGCCCAGAGGAGUACACAGUGAUCUUUACCUCCGGCUCCACUGCUGCGCUGAAACUCGUGGCCGAGAGCUUCCCCUGGAAGGCACCCGCUGCCAAAGAGCUGGGAAGUCAGUUUUGCUACCUGACUGACAACCACACCUCCGUAGUGGGCAUCCGAGCGGUAGCGUCCGCAUCAGGAGCUGUGGUCCUGCCCGUUGUGCCAGAGGAGGUGGAAGCAAGAGCAAAAAAAAGUUCACAGACAGUAGAUGAAGGGUGCGAGGUGCCACACCUCUUCAGCUACCCAGCCCAGAGCAAUUUCUCAGGAAGAAAAUAUCCCUUGCAUUACAUCAAGGGCAUUCAGUCCAGGCAGCUGUACCCCUCAUGUAAAAGAGAGGGAUCAUGGUUUGUCUUGCUGGAUGCGGCCUCUUUUGUAAGCUGCUCGCAUUUGGACCUCCAGGAACACCCAGCUGAUUUUGUACCCAUAUCGUUCUACAAGAUGUUUGGCUUCCCUACUGGAUUAGGGGCUCUACUUGUCCGCAAUAGUGCUGCAGAGAUUCUUAGGAAAGCGUACUUUGGUGGAGGAACAGCGGCAGCGUACCUUGCUGGAGACGACUAUUAUGUGCCGAGGCCAGCCGCCUCAGGCAGGUUUGAGGAUGGCACUAUCUCUUUUCUGGACAUCAUUGCCCUACACCAUUGCUUUGAGACCUUACAGAAGCUCACUGGGGGCAUGGAUCGGAUCCAGCUACACACCUUUGGCCUGGCGCGUUACACCUACAUGCUGCUAUCCAGCCUUCGUCACAGCAACGGGCGACCAGUGGCUCAGAUCUAUGCCAGCACAGAGUAUGACGACCCCGAUACACAGGGUGCCAUCCUCAACUUCAACCUGCUGGACAGCCAAGGAAGCUUUGUGGGCUAUUCUCAGGUGGACAAACUUGCCAGUCUAUUUAAUAUCCAGGUGCGUACUGGUUGCUUCUGCAAUACAGGUGCCUGCCAGUUGUACCUGGGUAUCAGCAACCAAGAGGUGAAGAGUAACCUUGAGGCCGGUCAUGUAUGCGGAGACAAUGUGGAUCUGAUUGAGGGGCGUCCCACGGGAUCCGUUCGCGUAUCUUUCGGCUACAUGUCCACGUUCAGCGACUGUCAGAACUUUCUGAAGUUCGUUGUGGACUGCUUUGUUCAGGGGCCAGUCAAAGUAGGCAAGGAAAACAUAGAGCGGCUGAGAUCCACCAUCCCUUUCAACACCCAGCAGCCCCUCCCCCAUUUACCCAAUGGUCAACCUAACUGUGAAAGGAGAGAGGAGGAAGGGGAUUUGUCCCCAGCUACUAAGGUCACCUCACAUGGAGUACCUGCUGUCACACCUGGGAAGAGGAUCGUGGGAAGACCUGGAACUCUGGCUAACAUCUUCCUAUAUCCCAUAAAGUCAUGUGCAGCCUUGGAGGUGAGCAGCUGGCCCCUGGGGCCUCUGGGGCUGCUGUAUGACAGGCUCUGGAUGGUGGUGAACAUGAAUGGCGUUUGCCUGAGCCAGAAGCAGGAGCCGCGCUUGUGCCUGAUCCGUCCGCAAAUCCAUUUGGCCACAAAAGAGCUGAGCUUGCAGGCUCCAGGAAUGGAUCCUGUAUUUGUGCCUCUGGAAGGCAGCAGUGAGAAGGACCUGACUGUGCAGGUGUGUCAGAGCAAGGUGUGUGGGGACAGAGUGCAGACAUUGGACUGCGGUGAGAGAGUGGCCACUUGGCUCUCCGAGUUCCUGGGGAAACCUUGCCGCCUGAUAAGGCAGAGUCCCAAUUUCACCAGAGACAUGAAGAAAAGCCGGGGAAAAGUUCCAGGAGAGUCAUCAGUUUCCCUGUCUCUGGUGAAUGAAGCCCAGUACUUGAUGAUCAACAAGGCCAGCAUCAAGCUCCUGCUGGAACACAUAAACCAAAGACAGGGUUCUGACAGCCACCAGCAUUCCGAUGAACAGCAACUCAUCGACCGUUUUCGAGCCAACCUGGUCAUCUGGGGGAAGGAGCCCUUCGAGGAGGAUGAUUGGACGAACAUAAUAAUUGGCGACACCCCCUUCAAGGUGGCAGGGCCGUGUGGGAGGUGUCAGAUGAUUGGAGUCGAUCAGUCGACAGGAGCCAGGAGUCAGCAGCCCCUGCAGUCUCUCUCUGCCUGUCGAAAUGGGAAGGUCACCUUUGGCCUGUAUCUGAUCCACCAGCUGCCCGAGAACGAGGCUGAUGCACCGACUUUAUCCGUUGGAUCCCCCGUCGUUCCUCAAGUAUCAAACUGUAGCAGCAAAGCAAACUGA